AUGAAGGAGAAAGUGGGAUUCGUUGUUUUGCUCCUCAGUCAAGCAGCUAUGGCUUCCAGAGACCCAGAGGUGGUUUGCUCUUCUGAUCCAGUGGAAGCUGCAGUCAGUGAGGACGUGAUUCUGCAGUGCCACCUUGAGCCCCCACUGGAUGCAACAGAUAUGACAGUGGAGUGGAGCCGUGGGAGCCAUAACCAGUUUGUACACCUGCAUCAAGACGGAAAAGACAGUCCUGCAGAGCAGAAGGAGCACUUUGAAGGAAGAACGUCUCUCUCUCAUGAGGGUCUGACCAAAGGAAACCUGUCACUGAAACUCUCCUCAGUACAGCUCUCUGACGCUGGAAGAUACAGAUGCUGCUUUCACACUGAAAAAGUGCACAAGAGUUGUUAUGUUAACCUCACUGUUGCAGAAAAUAAAAACAACACAGAAGAGCAACAAGCAGCUUUCAGUUACAAAACUGCCAGACGCCUUCACAAAGGCGUUGUCGCUGUCAUUGUCAUUAUUUGUAUUAUCAUUGUCAUAUUUGGGUUGAAAUGUGAAAUAAACGGUGCUGUGUGCGAAUGUCUGGGAGCGUGUGUGGUAAUGUGUCUGGAUCUACUGUAACACGUUUGAGAAGCACUACUGGUUUUAAUGUCAUCGAAAGAUUUUCACAAGUUAGUUUCUGUAAAACACUCCUGUCAAACAUGCUAGUUGAUCAGAAAUACCCACUUCAGGCUCAAGGCAUUUUUUUUGGAUGUUGCUACGUGUAAAUUAGCAAGAAUGAAGAUGCAACAUUCGCUUAGACUUUCAAAAUAAAACUAGUGGUUAUCAUUGUGAAAACAUCACAGCUAGGUUUAGGCACAAUAACUACUCUGUUAGGAUAGAAAGAAAUCAUGGUUGGGGUUACAUUAACUACGUUAGGUACGCUACUUAUGAAACUUAUGUAAGUGUAAUCACUUAAAAUGAGUAAUGUUGACUUUUGUUUCAGGAAAUCAACACUGACCUCCUGGGUCAAAAUCUAGUUUCUGACCCACCAACCCAUUCAGCCCAACCACCUCAUUGCUCUGACUUUUCUGCUUAUAUAUAGCUGUACUUUUAACAUUGAACAAUGGCAUUGAAGAGCUUCCCCCAGUGUGUUGAAAUAUAACACUCUGGGGCGCCUUGUGCAUUCGUACCAGACGCCAAAGUACUUGACAAAGCAUCCAUAUGUGACACCCUGGGAAUAAAAACGGGUUGUUUUAAAAGUAGGCUGACACUUUUAGGAGUGAUGUUUUGCAUGAAAGAAGAAUAUCUUUUUGUACUCAAAUAAAUGUGAUGUAAAGAUCAGUCAGGAUAACAUAUUCUCGUCAAGGGAAACAUCACAUAUUUUACACAUCAAAAUUUACAGCUUUUUUUGAAUUUUUUUUCUAUAUUUAAUGUUUAUUUCUAUGGACAAAUUGCAUGAACCAGUGCUACAUACCACAGCAAUUAUAGCCUCAGCUAGUUUUCAAGACUGAACAAUAAAACACAUGAAGAACAAAAAACACUUUUAUAUAUAUAUAAAAGAUAUACUGAAAUUAUAAAAAGCUUUA